AUGGCGAAAGAGAAACCCAAGGAUAUCCCUAAUUAUAUGAAAUUUAUCAUCGGCGGCGCUGCAGGGAUGACAGGUACCCUAAUCGUCCAACCUCUGGAUUUGGUCAAGAAUCGCAUGCAGCUGAGUGGCGUUGGGACGGCGAAGAAAGAAUACAAAUCCAGUUUCGACGCUGUCGCUAAAAUAUUCAGAAAUGAAGGUUUGUUGGGGUUUUACAAUGGCCUGUCCGCGGGUUUGUUGAGGCAAGCUACGUACUCGUCAACAAGGCUGGGUGUCUAUACAUGGCUUUUUAGCUACUUGUCGGAUCCCGAUGGCACUCCACCGUCAUUCAUUAAAAAAGCGGGGAUCGGUUGCGUAGCUGGUAUUUGCGGAGCGUUCGUCGGCAAUCCUGCAGAAGUAGCACUCAUCCGGAUGACGGCAGAUGGAAAAUUGCCACCUGAAGAGAGAAGAAAUUAUGCUAAUGUAUUCUCAGCGCUGGCUCGUAUAACAAGGGAAGAAGGUUUCUUCACGAUGUGGAGAGGUGUCAUUCCAACUAUAAGCAGAGCUGUUGUCGUGAACGCGGUACAACUUGCCACGUAUUCACAAGCCAAAGAAUUGCUUAUGAAUACGGGUUAUUUUACGAAUGGAAUGUUCCUGCAUUUCUGUAGUAGCAUGAUCUCCGGGUUUUUCACAACAGUAGCAUCAUUGCCUGUCGAUAUCGCCAAAACUAGAAUACAGAACAUGAAAACAGGUGAUGGAAAACCUGAAUUUUCUGGCACUUUCGAUGUUUUUCUUAAAAUAAUGAAAAGUGAAGGGAUAUUUGCACUAUGGAAAGGUUUCACCCCCUAUUACGGCCGAGUAGGGCCUAAUACAGUAUUAGUAUUCAUAUGUUUAGAACAAUACACUAAUUUAUACAGGAAAUACUUUAUGAAAGAAAACUGAAGAACCGAUGAUAAAAAGUUUUUAUGGGUAUCAACCAAGAAAACUUCACUUCAUGAGGAAUUUAGAAGAUGCUGACAUAAUAUUAAAUAAUUUUAUGCAUAGAAUGAAUUUUUAAUGAAAAAAUACUCAAUCCUAGUAUUAAUCCUACAUUCGAACUAUGCAACAGCUUUAACAACUUGAUGGUCUUGUAAAUCAGUGAAGUAUCAAGGCAUAAGGCAAAUUAAUAAACAGUAUGUUAAUGUUGACUUUAC